CUAUACUGUGUAAUCUCAAACAAGCUCCUUCACUUACAUAUACAUCAGUUUUCUUAAAGAAAUUAUGGGGCUACCUGUUUUAUAGUUUAUAGUGUUACUUGGAGAUGUAAAUUAAUUAAUUAAUACAUUUUAAUGUUUUAGCUCAAUAUUUGAAAUGGUAAAUGUUAUAUAAGUAUGUUAUUAUCAUUAAUAUUGUUACUAAUUUUUAUUAUCUUUACUUCAGAAUUUCUCUAGCAACAAUCAUGGCGUUAACUGAAGAAAAUCAGAGUACUGGAGCCACAUUCACCCUCUUGGGCUUCUCAGAAUACCCAGACCUCCAGGUGCCCCUCUUCACGGUGUUCCUGGCCAUCUACACGGUCACUGCAGUGGGGAACCUGGGCAUGAUUGUGAUCAUCAGGAUCAACCCCAAACUGCACACCCCCAUGUACUUUUUCCUCAGUCACUUGUCUUUUGUUAAUUUCUGUUACUCCAGUAUAGUUACACUGAAACUAUUAGAAAACUUGGUUGUGGGAGACGGAACCAUCUUCUUCACAGGGUGCAUCAUGCAGUUCUUCUUGGCUUGUAUAUUUGCAAUUACAGAAACAUUCAUAUUGGCAGUUAUGGCCUAUGACCGUUUUGUGGCAGUUUGUAACCCCCUGCUUUACACGGUUGUCAUGUCCUCAAAGAUCUGUGCAUCAUUAGUGGCCGGGCCCUAUGCAUGGGGUAUAGUUGCUUCCCUGACACUUAUUUAUUUUCUUCUGGCGUUAUCCUUCUGUGGUUCUACUAUCAUAAAUAACUUUGUCUGUGAGCACUCUGUCAUUGUUUCUGUCUCGUGCUCUGAUCCUUAUAUCAGCCAGGUGCUUUGUUUUGUCAUUGCCAUGUUCAAUGAGGUGAGCAGCCUGAUGAUCAUCCUCACUACUUAUAUUUUCAUGUUCAUUACUGUCAUAAAAAUGCCUUCUGAUGGGGGGUGCCGAAAAGCCUUCUCCACCUGUGCCUCCCACUUGACCGCCAUCACCAUUUUCCAUGGAACUGUCCUGUUCCUCUAUUGUGUACCCCAUUCCAAAACCUCAUGGCUCAUCGCCAAAGUAGGAUCUGUGCUUUACACAGUGGUCAUCCCCAUGCUGAACCCCCUGAUCUACAGUUUCAGGAACAAAGAUGUGAAGGAGACUGUCAGAAAGUUAAUGAACCACACAAUACACUCUUGAAGAUUUAUUUAUUUCUGGAAAGAAUUUGCUUUAUGAUGUUGAAUAUUGUUCAGUGUCUCUAGAAGAGAUGCUAAUUCAAAUUAUCUAGUCAAUAUACCCAUCUAAAUUUUACAUCUAUUACAAUACACCAGUUAUCUGAUAAUUUGAUUUCCAGUUACUUGAAUCUUUAGCAAAAUAGUUUUGAAUCGUAUGUGAAGUGAAUCAAGUGUAGUGGAUUGAAUAGUGUCUCCCCCCAAAAUACUCAUACCCACUUAGAAGUUCAGAAUAUGACCUUUUUGGAAAUAGGGUCUUUGAAGACAUAGUUAAGCUAAAGAUUAAAAAUACAAUCAUACCUCCUUAAAAUGAAAACUGAUUGCCAUGGAAUCAAUUCCCAUUCGUACCAACACUAUAGGACAGAGUAGAACUGCACCAUAGGAAUUCCAAGGCUGCAAUCCUUAUGGAAGCAGACUGCUACAUCUUUGUCCUAUAGAGCAGCUGGUGCAUUCAAACUGCCAACCUUUGGGCCGUGUUCUUAACUGCAGCGCCACCAGGAAUCCUUCAUAUUCUCUUAGGCUGGGCCAUAAAUCCAGUGAGAAUCUCAUUAUGAGAAGUAGCCAAGGACACAGAGUCACAUAGGGAAGAAGGCCAUGUGGAGAUGGGGGCAGAACUUGGAGUUAUGCUGCUACAAGCCCAGGAACACAAGGAACCAUCGGAACCUGGAAGAGUCAAGGAAGAAUUUUCUCCUGGUGCCUUCAAAGAGAGCACGUCCCUGUCAGUACCAUGAAUUCAAACAUUUGGCUUCCAGAACUGCAAACAAAUAAAUUUCUGUUGUUUUAAGCUACGAAGCUUGUGGUGAUUUCUUUUGGCAGUCCUAAGAAACUAAUACAGUAAGUAAACAUCAAACUGUAAAACUCAAAUUCCUUGAUUCGCAUAUUGACAUUGUGAAUGAUUAAAACACAAAAAACAAAAAAAAUUCUUCAAUCCAACUUAAGCAAUAAGGGUGGCAUAGUUACAGAGAAAUUCUGAAAAAUUAUAACUGACUAGGGGUAUGCAUAUAGAAGAAUUAGCAAUAAGAGU